ACACGCCAAUCAUGCGCAGCACUCGCCGCUCAUUGGUCGACCGUUAUGAAUGAGGUGGGUCUUGACGACGCACCGUGUGAGCCACUGUUGAAAUUCCAGUGCUAACCAACUUUAGCCAGCUUGCUAACAUGUAAUUCAGCUAAUGUGAAGAACUACAUAUACAGCGCUAAACUGGAUUUAAAUGCAAAAAAAUAUUUUAUUUCCAACAUAACAAUAUUGUUAAAAAUCGUCUUGAUGAUUGCUACUGCGCGUGUCUCCUUAACUGCAACCAGGACAUGUCCAGUUAGCCAGAACGCAGCAAUCGGUGGAUAACGAACCUGGCAAGCUAGCCAGCCAGCCAGCCCGUUUCUACUGGGUCUGCGUUGAGGGAUUUUGACAGGUUCCAUCCAUCCAGAGGACAAUAAUAAGCUGGUUGCUGUGACUACCAUGAGUCCCGCGGGCUGCCCCCACGUCAACGGCUUCAAAGUGGACAACUGGAAGCAGAACCUGAGGGUUAUUUAUCAGUGUUUCGUGUGGAGCGGUUCAGCCGAGACCAGAAAACGCAAGGCCAAGUCGUGUAUCUGCCACAUGUGUGGUGCCCACCUCAACAGACUCCACUCAUGCCUCUACUGCGUCUUCUUCGCCUGCUUUGCCAAAAAACACAUCCACGAGCACGCCAAGAGCAAAAGGCAUAACCUAGCCAUUGACCUGCUGUAUGGAGGAAUCUACUGUUUUAUGUGCCAAGACUACAUUUACGACAAAGACAUGGAACAGAUUGCCAAAGAGGAACAGAGGAAAGCCUGGAAAAUGCAAGGCAUAGGGGAGAAGUACUCAACGUGGGAGCCCACCAAGAGGGAGCUAGAGCUGCUCCGCCACAACCCCAAGAGGAGGAGAAUCACCUCCAACUGUACUAUCGGCCUGCGAGGUCUGAUAAACCUGGGCAACACGUGCUUCAUGAACUGCAUCGUCCAGGCGCUGACGCACACUCCGCUGCUGCGUGACUUCUUCCUGUCCGACCGUCACAAAUGCGAGAUGCAGAGCAACUCCUGUUUGGUGUGUGAGAUGUCGCAACUCUUCCAGGAGUUCUACUCAGGCCACCGGUCGCCACACAUCCCCUUCCGUCUUCUUCACCUGGUGUGGACCCACGCCCGCCACCUGGCCGGCUACGAGCAGCAGGACGCCCACGAGUUCCUCAUCGCGGCGCUGGACGUCCUGCACAGACACUGCAAAGAUGACAACGGGAAGAAAGCCAACAACCCCAACCACUGUAACUGCAUCAUCGACCAAAUCUUCACCGGGGGCCUGCAGUCUGACGUCACCUGUCAAGUCUGCCACGGUGUCUCGACAACCAUAGACCCGUUCUGGGACAUCAGCCUGGACCUGCCGGGCUCCUCCACCCCGUUCUGGCCCCUCAGCCCUGGAGGAGACGGGUCUGCACUCAACGGAGAGAGUCACACCACCGGGGCCACAACACUCACAGACUGUCUGCGCAGGUUCACCAGGCCAGAGCACCUCGGCAGCAGUGCUAAGAUCAAGUGCAGCGGUUGCCAUAGUUACCAGGAGUCCACCAAGCAGCUGACCAUGAAGAAGCUGCCCAUCGUGGCCUGCUUUCACCUCAAAAGGUUUGAGCAUUCAGCCAAACUGCGGCGGAAGAUCACGACUUACGUCUCCUUCCCGUUGGAGCUGGACAUGACCCCCUUCAUGGCCUCCAGUAAAGAGAGCAGGAUGAAUGGGCAGUACCAGCAGACCGUGGACCCCUUCAACAAUGACAACAAGUACAGUCUAUUUGCAGUAGUGAACCACCAGGGGACACUAGAGAGCGGACAUUACACAACCUUCAUCCGCCAGCACAAGGACCAGUGGUUCAAAUGUGAUGAUGCCAUCAUCACCAAGGCCAGCAUCAAGGAUGUCCUGGAUAGUGAAGGGUACCUUUUGUUUUAUCACAAACAGUUCCUGGAGUACGAGUAGUUUCCCUCCACCAGCAGGAGGAGACGACGGAUGAUGCAAGGAUGAGUUGCAUGGGAAAAGGUAACCAGAGUGAUGAGAGAGGCAUGGGAACGUAAACGCAAGCCCGCCUGAGUCGCUCUGUAGUCGCAGCUCUCACUCUUAACAUGGAACCACCCCUUACUCCAUACUAAUCUAGUUCCACUCGCACGACAUUCAAAAAAAAAAGUGUUUAGGAACCAAACAAAAUGCGAGGAAUUAUGGGGAGAUUUGUAUGGGCCUUGAUGGGCUAUUGUACAAAAUGUUGUUCACUUGAAUUCAAAGGGUAAAAGCAGCUGUGAUCAUCUGCUGUACUGCAAAAUCAGCGUGUACUUGAGUUCAGGCAAUAGACGUAUAGCGCCGUAUCCCCGCCUUGUUCCACUUUCAUUUUUUUUUAGAUACAGACAGAUGGGCAGAAGGUUGUUUUUUUUUUUUGUUUUUUUUGCUAAAUGCUUUCAUUUACCCGGGAGAAGGUUUACUUAAUCACAAAUGCUGUUCUUCACCGUGUUUCAUGUUCGCACAGCUGCAUUUAAUAGCACCUGAACGUGAAAAUAUGUGGAGUCGCAGCCUUCCAUAGGGAUUCGAGGCUCUGCUUUAAAGAAGAAUUUCUUCUUCUUUUUUUCAUUCGCUUGACCUAAUCCGCAACUUCCUGGACACAAGCACACUUAUCUGACACACCCACACUCCUCGAAAUGACCAAAUAUUUCAUCAAGGAUGGAAGUUGUCUUAUUAUACUUUUUUUUUUUUUUUUUUUUUUUUUCAGAAUGCAAAAAAAGCAGAGGGGGAAAAAAAUGAACUUUGUAUAGAGAGACAGUUAAUUCCAUGUAUUACUCGUGAGUUUGUAGUCAGUCAUAUACUUAUAGGAAACAUUGUCUUUUUAAGCCCCUGACACACCAACCCGACGGCUGACCGUCGGC